AUGGCGUACCUCAGCAUCUUCAGUCGCCUCAGGCAUCAGAUGACUCCCAACUUCACUCUUAAUCACCCCCGAAUCUCGGACAUAUCCUCCCUCAUCACCCCGGGGCCUAAUUUCAGAAUCUCUGCGAAUAUUCUAGAUACCUCGAUCUCAGAGUUUACCCCUGCACCUCCUCCCGCCAAGCCCAAACCUCGUCCACGUCCAGUCAAACGUGUGAAACCGGACCAAAGCGAGUCCUCUGUCUCAUCCCAUGCUACCUCCUUUGCCCCACCUCAACCGGGCCACUUGCCGUUUUCCUCUGAGAUCAUGCCGCCUCCCUUCUUUCCUAUCCCCGCGACCGCCUCUUCGUCUGCCUCUACCCGCCCGCCCACUUCCACGCAACCGACUGUUCUGGCAACACCACGAAGCGCAGACAGCGGGAUUGAUCUCCCCGAGUCGGACAUGAUGGACAUCGCCGAACGAGCGAAGAUGCGCGUGCGUUCUCAGGCCAGCGGGAAAGGCGCACCAAAUUACGUCGAUACCAUCGAGCUAUCGUCGGACGACGAGCUCUCCUUCCUCCCUAUUCCGAAGGCCAAACCUAAGCCGAAGCCGAGGGCCAAAAACAAGAAGACAUCUGACGACGAGUCGAGGAGCAAGACCACGGACAAGGGGAAGGGGAAGGAUACAAGUAAGCUGCCUGCUGCGGUGAAGCGCACCAAGAAGGCUCGCGUAGUGGAAUCCGGGUUUGAUUCAGACGUGAACACCGUUCCGGUCCCCACCUCAGACUUUCCAGUUCCUGUCGACGAGCAUGAGAGUAGUCGACCCGGCUCGCAGCUCCCCCCAUCCGACCCACCACAUCCCGGUUCCACCGUCGCCUCCUCCCAGCCUCGCUCUGCCGGUGGAGCUUCGCAGGACCUCCAACUCAAGGGCCCCGCUCCACCAAAGGCCCGGUCAUUAUCCCCCAUGUCAUCUCCUCCCCCUAUGCCGCGGAAGCGGAAGCAGGCCUAUGUGGAGAUCACCACAGCCAUCGACGCCGAUCCGGAUGGCUUCGUGCCCGGCCGCAAGAGCCCCGCGAAAUCCUCGAAGGAUAGUGCUGCCGAGGCCGAGCCCAUAGCCCGCCCGUCAACGUCCACCGCAGACAUCGUGCCCGAGACGCAGCCGCCCGCCCCAGUUGCGAAGAAGACGACGACGCGGCGGAAACGCAAGGGCGCGGACGAGGACGAGGAUUGGGCGAGCGGCGUGCCCGAGAAGCCGGCCAAGAGUAGGCGCAAGUCUCGUCAGGAGGAGGACGACGAGGGUGACUGGGCGGGUGACGCGGCGCCCAAGGCGAAGCAGAAGGGCAAGAAGACGCCGGCCAUCAAGCCCAAGGAAGCGAAGACGGGCUCGAAGAAGGGCAGGGGCAAGGCGGGAAAGGACAAGGACAUGGAGCACGUUACUGCUAUGGACGUUGAUAAGGAGCCCCGAGCCGACACUUCUACCGAGCCGCAGGCGCAAGCAGCGCACGAACCUGUUGCUCAGAGUAGCAUUCCUUCCCACCGGUCAACCACCUCUAAAGAGAAGGGGAAAGGCAAGCGACGUACCGCCAUGUUGUCAGACGACGAAGACGAGAGCGCACACGCGGCCGACAUCUCUACCAAUACCGUGACUGUCGGAAUUUCUUCCUCAGUGUCCGUUCAAAAGUUCAGCGGGCGCCAGUCUGACGCCAAGGAGAACGACGAACCAGAGUCCGAGGCUAUGCCUCCUCUCCCCAAACCCAAGCCCCCGGUGACCCCUGCUCCAGCACGCUCUAGCUUCGCGGCCGCCAACCGCGCGUACAGCAUCUCGGCGAAGAAAUCCACGCCCAUGUCCGAGCUCAUCCGCCGCAUCUCCUCGGCCCCCGGUUCACCGUUCCCCGCCACGACGCGCCCGACCUACUCGCCACUCGCGAAGUCGACGAAGAGCGUCCUGAGGCGCAUCGCGCCGCUCCACCCGAACCGCCGCACGCCGCCACCGCCGCCGCCUCGACUCCCGCCGAAGAAGAAGACGCAGAAGAUGCUGGAUCUGGAGGAGAAGUGGGAGCUGGAGCUGGAGGACACUGUGGAGGGGUGGUACGCGAUGUCGGAGGAGGAGCGGGCCGUGCGGCGGAGGCAGAAGCGGGAUUAUGAGCUGGGGGUCGAGGAUUAG